AGUGGACUCAGAAGCGAGUCGAGUAAGUUUACAAUAACAGCCAAACUCAAUCACCAAACUAACGCCUCCGACAGCUCACUGAACAACCGAGCGGCACGCAAGUACCCAGAGCAAUUCCGCACCGCACAAAGCCGGUAUCCAGCACCAGUCGAUUUCUAAAUUGGUUCGACACCUUCGAAAUUUCGCUUACCGCACUGUGGAUGACACCAAUAUACGAUUUUCGGUUUUUCCAAACUAUGGGCGGCAUUCGGUCACUUUACUAUUCCACAGCGCUUUCUCGAUUUUCUCUGUUUUCAAAAAAUGUUCCAGAGCCUUUCCAGCAAUGUUUCAAUUCCAGGAACAAGUUCCACGUUCCGACCUGUCGUUCCCAAUUUCCGCUCCACUGUGCUCCACCCUCGGCAGCCGGCCUCGCUGCUUUUAGCGUCCCACACGCCAGCUUUUCUUUUUCAGGAAUUGUGACGCGGUUCGGCCCGUUGCCUGAUGCAAGUGCUACGCGCCUGCUGACAGCUAGCGAACGAAUCGCGGCUUUUGGAUGGCGUUUGGGUCAGGAACGGGUCGGGUAGCUGACGUAUCUCCUAGAGGACG